AUGUUGUUUUUUGGUGAAGAGGUUUCUAGGGGAAAGUAUGGUCUGUGGAGACAAGAGCAGAAUACUAGAGCAGCAAGGCUAGAGAAACAACUCAAAACAAGCUGGAAAAUUGAGGAGCUAAUUGAAGAGCAAUUGAAUAGGUUCCCUUCUAACUACCACAGUGCUGUGUUCCCAGCCAGGCUCAAGGAUGUUCCCAAGCUCCUCAUGCCUAAAUGGUUGCUGCCUCAUGAAUUAACCACUCUGGCCUGGCUUGGGGAUUGGCGGCCCUCUUGCAUUCUAGACCUCGUCCAUGCCCUGGUCCAAUCCUCAUCAUUCUCACUGUCAUCUUCUUCAUCCAAUUCAAAUGGUGUUGAGAGGCUCCUAGCACAGCUUACUCAUGAAAUACGCAUUGAGGAGGCGAUAAUAAAUGAAGAAAUGGCUGAGAUUCAAGCUACAUGUAUCAUUCACCUUCCCUUUGCUCCUGUCAGAAAUCAUCGAAGUGGUGCUACUGCGUUGAGUUGCAUUCAAGCUGAGUUCAAGAAGAUAGAAAGAGUAAUUACCAAGGCCCAGCAACUGAGGUUUAAGGCGUUAGAGCUGGCAGUGAAGAAAGUUUUAAGGCAAAGUGAUGCGGCAGAAUUUCUAGUGGCAUUUGCAGGAAUUCAGGAUGUGAUCCACCAGUUAGCAGCAAAACAGAAGUUACCAAAAGGUCCAGCCAUUCUGCCUGCCCUGGCCUUUGGCCCUGCUUAA